AUGUCCGACCAUCUCAGCACGCCUUCCUCAUCUGCAUUGUCGCCAAGCGUAUCUGCUGAUGCAUUGGCUCUAGCUGCAGAGCGCCGUACACUUCAUGCUUCAUCCGGUGCUAAUUCACCUUUGACCCCUGCUCAAGUGGCUGCCCAACAUGAGAAGCGACAGAGGUUCCGGAGACUCAUAGAUCCUGGGAUUACACGGCCAAAUGCUAAAGAGCGAGCACGCAGCUCUCUCAAAACUUUGUUGACUAUCGCGGACAAUCUGCUUCGUGAUCCUACCAAUCCAAAAUAUCAGAUGUUCAGAACUUCCAAUACUAUCAUCAAGCGAGAGCUUAUUGACACGAAAGGCGCGUUGGAAUAUGCAGUUGAACUCGGCUUUCGUCCUACGGUCAAAGACUUUGAACCAUAUUACGUUUUCAACGAGCAUCAUCUGGAAGACUUACAAAUCGGUGCAGUUAUUCUCAAGGAACACUUGAACCUUGACGCAGAGAAAGAAGAACGCUUGAUAAGAGCAAUGAAGAGCGAAAAGGAAGCUAAACUGGCUGCCGCAGAAAAGGUAAAACUUGCCUAUAUGGAUGACAGGAGAAACAAAGAGGUCCGGGACGAAAUGGAGAAACAGCAACUUAUCGCUCGUGCACAUUUGGCGGCGGAACGUGCCGCGAGACAACCAAACCUACCACCCAGACCCAGAUCUACUUCGCCAGACACUCUCAUGCCAGGGUCAGGUUAUAUCCUUGGGGCGACUGAAAAUCAAUCAGAAGAACCACCCGCAUACGAGGAUAGACCAAAAACAGAAUGA